ACAUUUAUUUAGUGAUAUUUGAAAUAAAUAUCGGGAAAAAUAAAUACAAAUGAAUAGAAUAUAUUAAUCGAGACCAUAUUUAUAAUUUACGAUAGUUGCUAAGCCGAGAUACUCCGGGCUCCAUUACGAUCUUGCGUCGAGUUUCAGACGACUUAACGGGUUUUGAAGAAGAUCUUCUUUCUUCUUAACGCUAAGUUCCAGUUUUCACUUUUUAAAGGAUUUUUACCAAGAUGUCUAUGCUAACAAGUGGUGACGCGGAGGGUCUUCUUGCUGACUUUGUUGGUUUCCAGCAAAAUCUUUCAUCAAUAGUUGAAGGUCUUGAGUCUCAGGAGGAGGAGAAGAAGAUGCGGGCAAUCCAAAAACUCCGAAUAUUGUUCAAUGACGAUGUCACUUUUCUAGUACAUGCUCUAGAGUCUGGUAUAGUUGUUCCUCUACUUGACGAAAUUCUACGGGGAGAGGGUUCAUUUGCUCUCAAGCUUGAAGCUGCUAACGCUGUCAUCGACAGUAUUCCUGAUAUGAUGGAGUUAGAUGAUUUGGUGAUUGAUAGUAAGUUGGUGGAACUUCUUUUAAAGCUUCUGCAUUUUCCAGCUGAAAAUGUUUGUGAGCAGGCGAUGGAGAAACUGGGAAUUGUUGCUCUCUCCCCUGUAGGUCGUGGUUUUGUUCUUACGUGUAUGACUUUGGAUAAUUUACUGCAUAUUUUGACCUAUUGCAACAUUUUAUUGCUGAGAAAAGCCACGCAGACUAUAUCAGUGCUUUCUAGAGGCACACCAAAAGUGCCUUCUGUGAAGGUGAAACCAGCAAUCCAAGCUCUUUGUUUCCUUGUUGCUUCAAAUGAUGAUCGAGAGGUGCUAAGAAACGCAUGCUGGGCACUUUAUUACCUCUCUGGUGGUAUCGAUGAGGACUUAGAGGCAUAAUGCAAUAGCAAAGUAGCAUCAGUCAUUCUGUUGUGAGCCAGAGUGAUAUUAUUAGUGGCCUCUUUGAGAUUCCGGUGCUGCUUAAGCCCUUAGAAGAUCCCUCUCCUUCUGUAAUCUCCCCUGCCAUCCAUAUCCUUUCAAGUAUUUGCCGAGGAGAUGACGGCCAGAAAGAGAUCUGAAUGUAAGGAACUGAUGAAAGCCCGUAGCAUUUAUGGCCGUGACGUCCUUCAUUGCCUGCCGGACUUGCUAGAUAGAGGAGAAGAAGAAAGGUUGGUAUGCCUGUGUAUAGCAUAUAUUACUCUUGGGAGCAGUCAACGGGCAAAGGCUGUAGCUGAUGUUGCUGGAUUAAUGGACCCUCUAUGCCAACUGGCUAAGGCUAGACAAAUGGACGUUGCUGUUGCUGCAAUUUCAAAUGCUAUUAUCGGUAUCAGUGAUGAUUCGUACAUCAAUGAAUUGGUGGAUUGCUGCAUAGGUCCUCUGUGUGAUUAUCUUGGCGUCUUUGGUAAUAAAAUAAUUUGCACCAUUAGUCUUAAAGGAGUAGAAAACAUAUUGGAGUAUGGGGAAAAGCACAAGGGACCUGACGGCACUAAUAUUUAUGCUAAGCGGAUCGAAGAGGCUGGGGGAUUGAAAAAUCUUAACGGCAUGUAUUGUUCUUUGACCAUGAAACUCCAGGCUUAUGAAAUAUUGAGUAAAUACUGGCCUGCCAACGGAACCUCAUGCAAAGGUGUCCCGACAUAUACAAUCCCACCUUUGAAGAAUUAUUAUAGAAGAAGACGUGAAAGAGGAAGUAAGAUUUGUGCAGCUUUGACCUAGUCCAACUUCUCUCCAGCAUGAAGAAACUGCCUCAUUAAUUCUCUCCAGCAGUAACCAAAUAUUUCAACCUACUAUGUGAUUAGGCCGUGCAUUUUUCUAGUUAUUUUAAACAAUAUGUAUUCUAUAAAUAUCUAGUCGGGAUUAGUUUUAAGGGCAUUGAAGUAGUAUCUGGGAGGUUUGUCCACUCCAUACGGACAGAUUUGUUGGUUGUAAAUUGUGUUUAAUAUUCUUGCACAAUCUAUUGCCAACAGAAAUUUCCUCGUCUUA